UACUUCGCAAUAACCAAAAAUUUUGUCUUGCGUUCUCGUUGUGUUUUGCUGUGUCUCGUGGACCUAGACCUGAUCAUUUGCAUUUCAAUUUGCUAUUCAGUUUUCGUUAUCAAUUGGGGGUAAUUUAAUCAUUAACCACUUUCCAGUGAUGACUAGCCGAGCAUUAAUGCUGUUAGGACAGGUAGUGCCAUGUAUAAAGUUGAAUGCAUCAAAAAUUCGUAUCCGGCGAAUGGAACUGGAUACUAAUCUUAAUAUGUAUUUCAAAAAAGAUGAAUUCUACUUUGUGCACGAUCCAAACAAAAUGUGCAAAACUGGAGAUAUUGUAUUAAUAAAAGAAUUGCCACAAAAGCUAACGAGGUUAAUUACUCACUCUAUCGAAGAAAUCGUAUACCCCUUGGGUGAUGUGACUGAUCCCAUAACUGGCAAGAAGGUAACCGUUGGAAAGUAUCGUGAAGAUAUUGAAGAAACAAACCGGCUUUUUGGAAAGUCAAGUGAGGCGUUUGAUUAUGAGAAAGCACCACCACGAGGACGACUGGAAGGUACUCAAGAUUUCAGCCACGGUGAAACUUAUAUUAAAUACCACGAAGAUGGAAAAGAUCAGCCGUUUGCAGUGUAGUGAGGCAUCCAGAUUAAAUAAACAUGUUAGCUUGUAGUCUAAUGUAGAUUUUUAACUUCGAAAUAAAAUCUUACGCCUACAUACUUUU